AUGGAUAUUCAUCGUUGCAGAUUCGUUAAGUAUAAGCCGCGGACAGUGACGUCUUUGGCGUUUUCUCACUUCUCCUCCAAUGGCUUUGCCCCAAAGAACUUAAGAUUAGCAGUGGGAAAAUCAAACGGUAAUAUUGAAAUUUGGAAUCCUCACAAGAACUUCCUGCUGGAAAAUGUGCUACAAGGAGGUAAAGACCGUGUCAUUGAGGGCCUGGUUUGGUCUACUUAUGACGAUUACCCUCCUCGUCUGUUUUCCAUUGGUGGUUCGACUGUGAUGACCGAAUGGGAUAUUGCUACCGGUUUGCCCUUAAACAACUACGAUUGUAACUCCGGUAUCACCUGGAGUAUCAGCAUCAACACAACUCAGGAUAAGAUAUGCGUAGGCUGUGACAAUGGAACUGUAGUCGUUAUUGACAUAAGUGGUGGACCGGGAUCUCUAGUACAUGAAUCGAUCCUCCAACGUUCUAAUGCCAGGGUCUUGAACCUGUGCUGGCUCAACGAUAAGAAAAUUGUAUCCGGAUGUUCUGAUGGCCGUAUAAGGAUAUGGAAUUACGAGGAAGGUCCAGGAAGAGGCCAGUUAAUCUCCACUCUGAAUGUCGAUAAAUCAACAACAGAGAGCACUUUGGUGUGGUCCGUAAUUCCUCUGGAGAAAAGAUCUCAAUUUGUAUCCGGUGACUCCACUGGAGCUGUCAAAGUGUGGGAUGCCGAGAAAUUUGUCCUAUUACAAACGUUCGAUCUUCAUAAAGCAGAUGUGCUGAACAUCUGCACCAAUUUCGAACAGACUAAGAUUUUCAGUGGAAGUGUCGACAGGAAGAUCUACAACCUUAAAUUUGUUAACGAUAAAUGGGUCAACAGUUGCAACAGAUUGGUUCAUGGUAAUGAUAUUCGUGCUUCCGUUUGCUACCAAUCCAAGGACCUCGAUCUGUUACUAUCUGGAGCAUCAUUGUCAGACAUAGCCGUUUCUAAGCCUGAAUCGUUUCAAGACUGCGAAAUUCAAAGACUGUCAGUAUUCCCUGAAACGUAUCAAACUGUUCUUUUCAAUAAAUCCCAGAAGCUGGUGAUCAUGUGGCAAGACCAAACCAUUAAAGUAUGGAAAGUCCUUCCUCAGCAAGGCAGAAAACUAUUAGCCAAACUGGUCCUAAGCGAUGAGGACAACAUCACCCAUUGUGAUCUCACUUCUGACGGGCAAUUCUUGGUUGUCGCUCGUCUUUCUACCGUCAAAGUGUUCAAGCUUGCCUUCAAUGAAGAUAAUAAAUUGCAGAUUCAAAAGGUUGCCGAUGAGAAGCUUCAGGAAGUGGGUGCACGUUUGGUUAAGUUUAAUGAUCAGAACAAUGAGCUAAUCGUCGUAUCACCAGACAACGAACUAUACAUUUACAAGAUCAAAGAAUCUCUAGUUGAAGAUUCAAACGGUUUUGUGGAUCAAUCCGGUGACUCGGUACAAGAGGUGGAACUUAAUGGUACUAGAAUUCCUCAAGGUCAGCAGACUCUUUUGAACAACAUCUACAGCCUCUGUCUCUCUAAAGACGGUAAACUGGCAUCUGUUCUAAGAGUCAAUGGUUUGAUUGAAAUAGCUAACCUGGACACUUUGAAGAGUUCGAAGCUGGUUAAGCCAUCCAAUUUAAUUGCCCUACACAGUGUCUUCCACGAGGACCACAAACUAAUAGUUGUUAACCACGAUAAUAGCGUGGCAGAAUACACUAUAGAUACUGAGGAAGGAGUGGUCAGUGACUGGAGCAAGCGUAACACAGAUUUCACUCGUCAUGCAUUAGGAGGUGUUCUUGAGAAAUGUCUCGGUUUGGUUCUGAACGGAGACAACCUCUGGCUAUACAACACCAAUUGGUUGGCAUACAUCAACCUGGCAAACGAUCUCCCUAAGAUUGGCUCAGAAGUUGAUCGCAAGAGGGGAGCAGAUGGAGAAAAAAUUACUCCUAGCUCCAAGGACAUUCAAGUAGAUAAUAGCCAGUUCUGGGUUGUAGACAAAUACCAGCCUCUGCUGUAUGUUGAUACCUUUGAGCCUGAAGCCAAUGGUUUGUUGGUGGUAGAGACUCCAGUGACUCCAACAGAAGCAGCAUUCCUGGUGCCUAGGAUUUAUUUGUAG